AUGCGCCCCAAGAAUAAGCAAACGUCUUCCAGGAGGGGGGAUAAAAGGGCGCAGAAAGACAAGAAGAAGUGGAGGAAAGGAAGGGCCAACCAAAAGAACAAACAAUCUUUUCUGAAAUCGAUCGUUGACCAUGACCUAGCAGAGUUCAGAGUCUACCCUCACGACCGCCGGGACGAUCGUAUCUAUGAACGUCUCCUUCAUACUAGAGUACCGAUCAGUCUCUGUGGGUGCGACGAUGAAGAUAUCCGCGAGUUUGUGGGCAAAAUGAGGGAUUAUGACGAGGCCGAAAGACGAUCGCACUGCUCUGUGCCGCGCUGUUUCGAAUGUUUGGGGCAGGCACAGCGCAUCUAUAUACCUGGGUCUGUGUCAAUGUACAGUGCCACAAUUCUGGCGGGAGCGAUUCCUCGGUACAAUAGAAAUAUCCAGUCAAUCGCGAUCGGGCCGAUGAGGUGCCGUGAAAUCUUCCAAACAUUGUUGCAGUGCAUCCAUUCUCGAAACGAGAAGCCGUCUCCGAUCCGGGCCCUGACUCUUGACUUUGUGGGUACAAAUGUGACACGAGAAGACAUGGAAUACUUGGUCGAUGCAAUGAGUCAAAAUAAGGGUGGUAUCGGAGGGCUGCGGAUUUGCAAUGCCAACACAAGAGAAGACGGCGCUCUCCAGACACUUUUUGAAGGUAUUCGGCAACAUGCUGAAUAUCUUGUGGUUUUGCAGUUCUUGAGCACAACUUUGUCCGAUUCGGAGCUCUACGACCUCGCCCUCUUGGUGGAAAGAAGCUCAGUUUUGGAGGUGUUGGGCCUCGACCAAAUGCCGAACGUUCAACCUUUUACGCGGAUUAUGGGAAAGCAGUCGGGUCGUGAUUCUCUGGUUCUGCAAAGGACGCCAAAGAAAUAUCCCCUGGGGGCCGGCGAUGUCUCGAAUUGCUUGUGGUCGGUUGAAGAAAUGUUGCUCCCAAGAGCCCCAACAGCUAUCCGAAGCGAACUAAGAAUUCAAUUUGACAGCACGACGAGCAACGGAUUCCAAUCGAUUUCCCGGGCGCUCGAAUGCAGCCAGACUGAACUAAAAUCUCUCUGUUUCGAAGGGGUCGAUAUGAGGUCCGACCGCAUCCAACUGCUGGCGCGGUCCCUUGUUCACAACACUACUCUCGAGCGUCUGCGGCUCUACUGCGAUCGCAGCUGCUUAAACUACGACGGGGUUGCAACUUUCCUGGAGGUGCUUUCACAAUCCGGGGGAUCUGCGCUGCGGCUAUUUGCUUGUCCUAAUUACGUGGACAGGGCCGAUACUGCUAUUCUCCGUCGGAUCGUUGACGUUCUCCCUCGCUUGCGAAAGCUCGAGAGUCUCCGUGUCUGCGCGUCGAUUUACUGCGACGAACAGGCGACCCUUCUUCUCGAGGCAUUGAAAAAACAACCUCAACCAUUGUACUUCAGGAGUUCAGACGUCUGGCUUUCCCACAUCGUCAAGCAAGAUUUGAGGGAACAAAUCUCUGAACGACUGCGGCUGAACAAAGCAGUUUACGACCUUUACUGUGAGGCAGGGGACUGGGGAGGCCCGUUGACGGAAGACAAGAGAAGAAAAGCAUUGCCGUUCGCCUUCGAGAAGUUGGCUUCCAGUCCAUCCAUGUGCUAUUUGUUGCUCCAAAAGUCAACCCAAGAUCUUGCUGGAAAACGAUUUGGAGAAGGGCGCAAACAUCAAACCCAGAGCAGCAUCCGCCACUGCGAGAAGAGCUGUGAGAAGGCUUCGACGCAUCGUCGAGUACCGGUACCACUAGCACGGCUUCCUGGGCAGAGGCACACGUACGGGUACUGCGGCGCACCGUCCCACGCUCCGAACUAA